UGUUGGCUAAGAGAAGCAGCUGCAGGCUCUGGCCUCGCCUUCACAACUUUCACUGCAACGUUUCACCUGUCAAGAGUGUCAGAAGGUCUCCAGAAAACUCGGAUUGUACUGAGAGAGGUGUUAGGAAACCAGCACCAUGUUCAGCAAGAAGAAAACUUCCAAGACCACGGUGUCCAGCACCUCGACUAAAAUCAGCAGCUCGUCUGAUUUGACCACUUUGAUCGAUAAGCUCCAGAGAAAUGCAGACAAGGUGGAGAGGAACAUCCUGGAGACGGAGCAGAACCUCAACAAGGACAUCAUCAAGAUCAACGACGCCAAAUCCCCGCUCUACCAGGACACCACCAACAGGUCAAUCCUGAACUCGCUGGACAUGCUGAAAGGUCUGGAUGAGGACGCGGCCGAAGCCAAGCGCCUGAACCACCCUCAGGCUGAGAUGAUCGAACACGACAUGAAGCAGCUGCGCGAGCGCGUGAACAAGCUGCGUGACGACCACAACCACAUCUACCACCUCACUCGAUCUGAAGGACGUCCCAGCGUCAACUGGGGCAGGAUGAUCGACGAGAAGCUGGCCAACCUCAACAACAAAGGAUUCGGACAGGACCUGCCGACCAUCGAGAACGAAGUGGAGGAGCACAACAUCUUCCACAGUGAGGUGGAGGCUCUGGCUCCCCACAUCACCCAGAGCGACAAGAAUCAGACUGAUGGCCUGCAAGCUAAAUACAACAAACUCCUGGCGAACUCCACAGCCCGUCAGAAGAACCUGCUGAGCCUGAGAGACUACAUGCAGCGCUGCACCAACGAGCUGUACUGGCUGGACCAGCAGGCUGUGGAACGCGUCACGUACGACUGGAGCGACGCCAACCUGGAUUACCCGGCCCGCAAGAGGCAGUACGAGAACUUCAUCAGUAAGUGUCUGGAGUCCAAGGAGGCAACCAUCACCAAACUGGGCGAUGAUGGAGAGAAGCUGAUGGCUCAGGACCACCCAGGGAAGAACGUGAUUGAGGCUCACAUGGAGGCGGUUAAUGGGGACUGGAAGGAAUAUCUCAACCUGCUCAUCUGUGAGGAGACUCACCUCAAGCACAUGGACGAGUACCACAAGUUCCAGAAGGAGGCCAGAGACACCCAGGACCUGCUGAAGCGAAUGGGAACCGAGGUCAAUCAGAAGUACAACCCCGAGUUUAAAGAUCAGUACCAGCUGGAGGGCUUGCUCACCGAGCUGAAGGACCAAGAGAAGUUCACAGAUAUCUCUGAUGACCGAGUGAAAGCUCUGCAGAACCGCAGCCUCCAGGUUCUUCCCCUGAAACACCGCAGGGUUCCACCGCAGAAGCUCCUGCCCAUCGAGGCGCUGUGUGACUUCGAUACUGACGAGGGACCGAUUGUGCGAGGCGAGCGUUACACCCUGCUGAGGAACAACAACGCCAAAUGGGACGUGAAGGACUCGGCUGGACGCACCAUGGCGGCGCCUGGCGUGUGUUUCUUCAUCCCGCCAACCGACGCUGAUUCUGUCGGCAUCGCUGAUGGCCUGAUGAGCCAGCAGAAGGACAUCAAACAGAAGGUGGCGAGCAGCAAAACGGCACUGCAGUCCAGACUGGCUACUCUGAAGAAGGAUGGCACCGGCGGGCAAGAUAAGCAGGAGCUGCAGUGCCGCCAGCUGAUGGCAGGACUGGAUAAAGUGGUGAACGACCUGGAUAAACAGGAGAAGAACAUUUACACUGAGCUGCGCCCCCCUCUGGAGCAGACACGCCCCGUUCUGGACAGCAACCAGAGGAUGCAGAACAUAAGGGACAUCGCCUCAGACGUGCGCAGGAUAGAGCCGGAGAAGACCUCCAAAGUGCGCGAGGCCGAGACCUUCCUCAGAUCCAACCCCAAAUGUUCCAGCGCCCCUCAGCUCUCAGCCAAGGUGGACACGACCAACAACAAAUACGACAAGGUGGACCAGCUGCUGAGAUGUUCGGACGAUAAGCUUCAGAACUCCAACCGUCUGGAGAACUCGCUGCAGAGCGGCAAGAACUGGCUGAGCACCUUGGAGAACAGACUGGCCAGGGAAGAGCUGGCUCCGUCCGACCCGAUCUCUCUGGAUAAGACUCAGCGCGAGCUGGCGGAAAUGGCAGCUGAAGCGCGGGCGAAGAAAUCGAUGAUCCCAGAGAUGGAGCAGAACCUGAGGAGCGCUAAAGUGAGCUGUGAUAACAUGGUGAAUAGGGUGCAGGAGCACUGCCCUGAUAUCGACCGGCAGGAGGCCGAGGUCCAGAAACUCAGCAAGCGCUACGACAACCUCAACCGGCAGAUCGAUUCCAGGUCCCAGAGUCUGCAGAAAGCCAAAGUGGCCUACAGCAACUACCGUAACGACUACGACAACCUGAACAGCUGGCUCUCCCACACGCCCAACUACGAACCUUACGAGACCGACGACAUCAGACAGGUGGAUUCCAAGCUCAAAAACCAAAGAAACCUGCUCUCGGACAUCGCCAGAAAGGAGCCGGACCUGAACAACGUCUCGAAGAACGCGCAGGUUUAUCAGCAGGCGGUCAAGGAUUAUGAAAACGAAGCUGAGAGGUUCAGAUCUAUUCUUGACCUGGAGGAGGGUCUGGUGCCUCAAACCUACAAGAGGAGCCGACUGGAGUCGCCUGCACUCAAAGUCAAGGCAGAGGAAGCCGCCAUUGAGGCCAGAUUCACCGAAGUCAAUGCAGUGAACAAACAGCGGCUGCAGAACCUUGAGUUUGCACAGGGUCUCCUAAAUCAGCAAUCUGAGGUCCAGGUGAUCUCACAGCACGUCCAGUCAGUGAAAUCCAGCGCUUCUGGAGAUGACUCCUGGAGAAUCAAGAAGCAGCUGGAGGAGGAGCUCCUGAGGAGGCAGCAACUGGAGAAGGAAAUCACAACCAUCCAGAGCGACAUCUACGUGCUGGAGGGACAGAAGCCCCAGGACACCUUCGUCAAGAAGGAGCUGAUCAAGAAGGUCCCUGAUCCUCAGCUGGACGAAGAAAUCAGCAAAGUGCAGCAGAGGCUCUCGGAGGAGCGCAGGACCACGCGCGUCCUGGACGGCGAGCUGGACAGUCUCCGCAUCAAGCUGCGCGGCAUCGAGACCGAGAUGAAAGAGGGCGCCCAGCAGUACACGGUCAAGGAGGUGCUCCGUAUCGAGAGAGACCGUGCUCAGGAGGAGGAAGUGAGGAGGCUGAGGGAGGAGCUGGAGGAGAUCAAGAGGCAAAAGCUGGUGAAGGACAGUGAGGUCAUCCAGAUCCAGAAGCAGAUCACUGUCCUGGCGGCAGAGAAGAACAGGGAGCAGGAGAUCAUCAAGGAGGAGCAGGUCAUCAAGGUGCAGAACGAUCCUCAGCUCGAGAGCGAGUACAGAAUCCUGCUGGAGAGGAGGCAGACGGAGGUCGAUAACCGCAAGCAACUGGAAGAUGAGCUUCGGUUCCUCCAGGAGAGACUCAAGCGUCUGGAGAAGGAAAAGGCCAUGGCCGAGGAGAAGAUCUCCAUCCGCGAGGUUCUCAAGGUGGAGAAGGAUGUCGUGCUGGAGAGGGAGGUGGAGAACCUGAGGAGGCAGCUGGAGGAUGAGAAGUCCAAGCGUAUGACGUUGCACAGAGAGAGAACGGACUUCCAGCGCAAGAUCACCAGCCUCGAGGAGGAGAAGUCAAAGGUCAUCAUCCAGGAGAAGAUGCGCGAGAUCGUCCGACCCGACCCCAAGGCAGAAACGGAGGUCGCCAAUCUGAGACUGGAGCUGGUGGAGGUCCAGAGGAGAUACAGAGACACCGAGCACCAGCUGAAGACCAUCCAGGAGGAGGUGAUAGUCCUGCGAUCCAGAGGCCCACAGGUGGAGAUCAAAGAAAUUAUCAAGGAGGUGAUCAAGUACAAGACCGACCCCGAAACCGAACGAGAGCUGGAGAGACUCCGUAACGAAAUCGUAGACAAGACGCACCAUACCGAGAAGUUCGAUUACGAGAUGCUCCAGCUGAGGGACGAGAUCCAGAGGUGGAAGGACACCAAACCGCAGAUACAGACCAAGGAGGUGGUCAACGAGGUCGUUCAGUACAGAGAGGACCCCAAAACCAGGGAAGAAAUCGAGACCCUCAAAAAACGGCUGGUGGAGGAGCAGAGGAAGCGCCUGGAGCUUGAACGAGAGCGUGCCACCACCGAAGAGAAGAUCAGGAUUAAGAAGAUUGACUUGUCCCAGGUCAGAGAGAAGGUUGUUCAGCAGGAAGUCGUGAAAAUGGAGGAAGAUCUGACACUGAAAUCCGAGUGCACCACCUUCACUCAGAACAUCAACAGCGAGGUCAGGCAGAGGGAACUUCUGCGAGAUGAGCUGACCAGGAUGCAGCGCCAAAAGGCCGAUCUUGAGCUCCAGCUGGAGGAGCUUGAACAGGAGCGCAGAGCCCGUCGGGAAGCUGAGCUGGAAAUCCAGAGAUUGAGGGUUCGCCUCACUGAGCUGGAGAUCAGAGACAAGGAGACCAGAGAGAAGGUGACGGUGAAACAGAAGGUGGUCCUUCAGCAAGACCCUCAACAGGAGAAAGAGCACUCCAUCCUCAGGCUUCAGGUGGAUGAGGAGAGACACAAGCGCCUCCUCCUGGAGAAAGAGUACAACAUCCUGCUUCAGCAGCAAGAGACCCUGGAAAGGAUGGAGGUCCGCGAGAAGGUCGUCCGCACAGAGAAGGUCCAGGUGGAAAAGGAUCCAGAAGCAGAGCUCGAGAUCGAGAGGCUGCGGGUGACCCUGGAGGAGGAGACGAGGCGCCGGAAAGAGCUGGACAUCGAGCUUACCACCAUGACCUCCAGACUCACCGAGGUGGAAUUCUCCAACACAAAGUCCACCAAGGAGCUGGACUACAUCCGCGACGAGAGCAGCAGGCUCCAGCAGGAGAACCAGCGGCUGCAGAACGAGAUCAGGAAGUUUCAAGCCGAGAUUCAGAUCACCAGCAAGGAAACCAGGCAGAUCACAGAUUCCAUGCCGAUGGACAGCAGCAGAACGUUGGAGAUGAGGAUGGAUACGCUGCAGAGGGAGCUGUCCGAACUGAGGCGCAUCACCGUCGACAAGGACGAGGAGAUCGAACGUCUGCAGAAGAGCCUCUCCACGGUGAGGGUGAAGAGAGAGCAGCGGGAAAGCCACCUCCGCCGCUCCAUCGUCGUCAUCGACCCCGACACGGGCAAAGAGAUGAAACCCGACGAGGCCUUCAAGCUCGGCCUGAUCGACUGGAAGAUGUUCGUCAACCUCCAGAGUCAGGAGUGCGACUGGGAGGAGAUCACCGUCAAGGGUCCCACCGGAGAGUCGUCCGUUCUCCACGACAGGAAAUCCGGCAAGAAGUUCUCCAUCGAGGACGCCCUGCGCUCCGGACACAUCACCAACCGCCAGCUGCAGCAGUACCAGAGCAAAGAGAUCAGCAUCCAGGAGUUCGGCAUCAUGGUGUCGGGGAGGAGCAAAUAAAUCCAGAUCAUAUCUUCGUCUGUUUCACGUUUCUGUCUCCUGGCCUGCUUCAGGCUCGUGCUUCUUGGGCUCUGAUCUUAUUUUGGGCUUUUCUACAUGCACGCUAUUUAUUUGUUUGCACGCGCCUCUACUCUGUGCUUGUUUUGGGCUGAUUGGGUGAAUUACCUCAAACUCUGGCGUCUUCUUAUUUAGCAGGGUGAAUUUAAUUCUGUAACGGCUAGUUAGCAUAGCAGCUAAGGGCAGACGAUACGAAUCUUCACACAUGGCAGAGUUUUUACUGUAUUUUACGGUGAAUCGUGACCAUAUAAGGUCUUUUUUAUAACCUGUGUCUGAUAUUUCUAAACAUUCCUAAAAAUAAAAUGUAGCUGGGAAACUGGA